GAUGCCUGGUGACUCUGCUCAGACUAUGCUAAACUUCCCUUUUCAGAAUCAUCCAUUUCAGAACCACCAGUCGUUUCAGAGAAGGCAUCUGCCACUAUGAUGACCGGGGGGUUAUCUGACACCAAGGCUGCUACUCCAGAAAUCCAGCAUAUUGUUAACCAGGUGAAGCCACAAUUUGAAAGCAAGGAAAACAGGAACUGUGCCAUGUUUACAGCCAUAGCGUAUAGGACUCAAGUGGUUGCUGGGACAAUCUACUUUAUUAAGGUCCAAGAUUCUGAUGCCACAUAUGCCCAUUUAAAGGUGUUUCAGAGUCUUCCUCAUGAGAACCAAGGUCCCAGCCUUGUCAGUUUUCAGACUGGCAAAACCAGAGAUGAUCCCCUGACCUACUUCUGAGAGAUGAUGAGAAACUGUGCCUCACUUCUGCAAGUUGUGUGGGGGUUCUGCCUGUGACAGUAAAUAAAAUAAGUUUUGCAAACUAUUGUCCUUAUUUUCCUUUUCUGCUGUUAUACCUUUCUUGUUAUCUGGUCUCUCAUCAGAUUAAAAUAAAGUAUUUCUAAUUAAG